AUGUUUCCUUCCCACGAAAGACAUUUGCCUUUGCUCAGUCAAGGCAGUUCGUGGAGACUGGGCUCGAACUCGCCGGAUACUCCACCCACUCUUGAAGAAGGAAAUGUGGCGGGCAAUCCUAUUUUUGUACACAAAUGGGCUAAUGACACAUCCAUCGUGUGCGUUGCGGCGUCCCCCAAGAGAAAGCUUCUCUUUUGCGGAACCCAAGAUUCGCGUAUAAUAGUGUACGAUCUACAAACCUAUCAGAAAACCAGAGAGUAUGUUGCCCAUUCCGGCUCUGUGCUGUGUCUUCUGAUGAGUGACUGUGAAACACAACUUUUCAGUGGGGGAGCAGACUCUCUUGUUCGCAUAUGGGAUAUCACGGAUUCAGGAGAGCUCGAUUCCGCAUACACAGUAUACUCUCCAGUGGACAUUGGAGAUAUUUUCUCCAUUGCAUGGUGGUCGUCAGCCAAGACUAUAAUACUUGGAGCACAGAACGCAUCGAUUUCAUACGUCCAGAUAAGUUUGCAAUCGCAUGCAAGAAACAGCGACCAAAUGCCGUUCAAGCGUUACGACAAGUUCUUUGACUCCACUGGACACGGCAGAUCGCGCCCAAAGGCUGUUCCAGAGGAAUGCUCUACCGACAAAUUGGUACUAGGAACAUUAAUUCAGAUUCCUUCAAACAACAUAAUUUCAUAUGCUCAUAAUGGGUAUAUCUACUGCAUGGGUAUCGUCACCUUGGAUGAUGGUAUUGCAGACCACUCCGACUUCACCGAAUUCCUUGUCACCGGCGGUGGAGACGGAAUGGUUCACAUUUGGGGCCUCAAGGAUGGAAUUCAUUUACUCAAGUCGCUGGAAAAUGAAGACUCCGUAUUAUCCUUCGCCAGAAACAAAGGAAGCCCUUAUCUGUACUGCGGUCUGGCUAACGGCCGUGUCAAUGUUUGGGACUUGUCCACAUACCAGCAGAUCAGAUCCUCCGAAAGCGACGAAGGUGAUAUUGUGUCUCUUGCAAUUUUCGGAGACUGUCUCUUCAAAGGAACCAACUCAGGAGUCACCAAGUGGAAAUCUCGUGGUGAGAUCAAGUCUGCAUGGAUUGCACACACGGGCUUUUGUCAGGCGGUCAAAACAAUAGUCAUUGAUAACAUCCCAUACUUAAUUACAGCUGGAACAGACCAUUCAAUCACAUUGUGGGAUAUUAGUGCUCUUGAAAGAUCGGAACUGGACCGUGUUCCUGACAACCUCACCUCGUCUGGAAGGAUGCUUGAGGUUCUUGGAAAACUUGUUGUUUUCAGAACGGUAUCCAAACUGCCGUCACUUUACAUCGACGAGUCCCGCCGCUGUGCAAAUUAUAUCCGUACUCUUCUGCGGAACUUGGGAGCUUCUCAAGUCGCAUUGUUACCCGUGGAAGAUGCAAAUCCUGUCAUAUUUGGUGUGUUCAAAGCCAAUAAACACACUGACAAGCCUGUGUCGCGAGUCUUAUGGUAUGGACAUUACGAUGUUAUAGAGGUCAGUCAUCAAGAUUCUUGGGAUACAGAUCCUUUCAAGAUGACCGCUCAAAACGGUUACUUGUAUGCCAGAGGAGUCAGUGAUAAUAAGGGUCCUCUGCUUGCGGCUGUUUAUGCGGUUGCAGAACUGUAUCAACAAGGAGAACUGGAAUCAGAUGUGGUUUUCGUGGUUGAAGGAGAGGAGGAGUCUGGCUCUUACGGAUUCCAGGACGUUGUCACUCAAAAUCGUGAACUGUUUGGUGAUAUCGACUGGGUGUUUUUGAGCAAUUCCUACUGGUUGGAUGACAAUGUUCCAUGUUUGAAUUACGGUUUGCGUGGAGUCAUUUCUGCCACCGUCGAGGUCUUUUCUGACAAACCUGAUAGACAUUCUGGUGUUGACGGAGGAAUUUCUAGAGAACCCACGAUUGAUUUGAUCACCUUGUUGUCGAAAUUGAACGAUGACGAGGGUAAGGUCAAUCUUCCGGGCUUUUAUGCUCCAAUCAGGCCUGUGAGCGACUGGGAGCUGCAGUCAUACAAACAAAUCACAGAUAAAAUCAACAAAUUACGGCUAUGUGACCUAAUGGCCAAAUGGCGUUUGCCUUCUCUAACUAUUCACGGGGUCAGUGUUUCUGGGCCAAAUAAUGCAACAGUGAUUCCCCGGAGGGCGUCUGCGUCCUUGUCGAUCAGAAUUGUCCCUAAUCAGGAUUUGGAACAGGUUAAAUCCUCUUUGAUCGAGUACUUGGAACAGAAGUUCGCAUCUUUGAAAACUGAGAACCAUCUAGAAGUCCGCAUCAUUCAUGAAGCUGAACCGUGGCUUGCAGACGUCAACAGUGCUGCUAACAAGAUCCUUCUGGAGAACAUUGCUGAAGAAUGGGGAGUGGAUCCACUUUUGAUCAGGGAAGGAGGAUCUAUUCCAUCCAUCAGAUUCUUGGAAAAGACAUUUGGUUGCGAAGCUGUCCAUCUCCCUACCGGGCAGGCCUCCGACAAUGCCCAUCUGAACAACGAAAGACUUCGUGUUACCAACCUGUUCAAAACCAAGGAGAUCUUGAAAAAGACCAUCAAUAAGCUACCGCAGAAGAGACAUGACUUGCAUUAA